GAACAGUGCGUGCGAUAAAGUAGUAGCCGAAAGCAAGGGUUUCAUGUAAUCCGUCGAAUCGAUUCCAGGGCGUUUGAUGCGCUUGGUUCAUUCCAUUACUCCACCUGUUGACCCGCCCAAGCUCGAGUCCUCGCUCCGCACCCACCUUGUCUUCCUCCACUCCGCUUCGUCUCUGCUGGCGAAAGCUCUCGGUGAUGCAACGAGCGAAACAAGAAGCGUAGCGAGAACGGCAACCUCCGGUUUGUUCCGUGCGAUGGAUGCGAUCGGGUGCUGUUCGGAGGAUUUCUGGUGAUGAGCCCCCUCUGAACCCCAGUUAAUGGAGGCGAACCAUCGAUCCUCGAGGCCUCUCCAGCUCCACCCCGCUCGAGUCGCUGUCGUCGAUCUCUUCAACCUCUAUCUAGGCAGGAACGGCCGGCAGAGAUCGGAAGACCGGUCUCCCGAGGCCUCAAACAAAUUACAGAAGAGGGUCACUGCUCCUCACGGGGAGCUUCCACCGCGUGAUGAACAGUUUAUAUUGGAUUUUGAGCAGUUGCAGGGUCAAUUUCCAGAUCCGGAGCAACUGCGUACAGGCACAGAAACAGUUAUUAUGUCUCUUGUUGUGCAGUGCAGCAGUCAUGCACCUCAAUCAGAAUUUCUUCUUUUUGCGAUACGGAGCUUGUGCAGCAUAGGCUAUCUGAAAUGGGAUACAUUCCUUCUUUCACUCCUUUCUGCAGUUUCCGCUGCAGAGGCAACACUUGCGCAGGGUACUCCAGCGACACCAGCAUCUCCAUUAGCAACUAUUCAUGGGGUCAGCUCUCCUGCCCAAUCUGCUACUGAUCAAUCUGCUGGGGCAACUCUUUCACCGGUUAAACCAUCCGAACUCUCUGGUUCUGGGCAUCAGAGUAUAACAAGGUCCGGUCAGAUGACAAGAGGAACUGCUAUGGGUUCUCUCCGUCAAUUCUCAUGCAAGAUUAUCUUAGCUGGACUAGAAUUCAAUCUAAAGCCAAUUACGCAUGCAGAGAUCUUGAGUCAGAUGCUGAAUUGGUUGGUUAAUUGGGAUCAAAAGCCUGUGGGAUCAGAUGACAGUGAUGGCAAGAAGGUCUGGAAGCCUGAGAGGCCUGUGCAUGAAUGGAUGCAUACAUGCUUAGAUGUUAUAUGGAGGUUGGUGGAUGAAGAUAAGUGCCGCAUUCCCUUUUAUGAGCUUCUUCGCAGCAACUUGCAAUUCAUGGACAAUAUUCCUGAUGAUGAGGCAAUGUUUGGCAUCAUUCUGGAAAUUCACAGGAGAAGAGAUAUGGUUGCCAUGCACAUGCAAAUGUUGGAUCAACAUCUUCACUGCCCUACCUUUGCCACUCAUAGGUUCAUGUCACAAUCCUAUCCAAGUAUAACCGGUGAAUCAUUGGCCAAUGUUCGUUAUUCUCCCAUCACGUAUCCUAGUGUUUUAGGAGAACCAUUGCAUGGAGAGGAUCUUGCUACAUCUAUUCCCAAAGGGAGUUUGGACUGGGAACGUGCUUUGCGGUGUCUAAGACAUGCUCUUCGAACAACACCAUCACCAGAUUGGUGGAGACGUGUGCUUCUUGUUGCCCCUUGUUAUAAACCUCAAGCUACACAGGCAUCAACCCCUGGUGCUGUUUUUUCCCCUGAAAUGAUUUGCGAGGCUGUUGUUGAUAGAACAAUGGAACUAUUGAAGAUCACAAACUCAGAAACACAGUGCUGGCAGGAGUGGCUUAUAUUUGCCGACAUAUUCUUCUUUCUUAUGAAGAGUGGAUGUAUCGAUUUUCUUGAUUUUAUUAACAAGAUUGCCUCUCGAGUCACAAAGGGUGACCAACAGAUUCUUCGCAGUAAUCAUGUGACGUGGCUGCUUGCGCAAAUUAUUCGCAUUGAGAUUGUGAUGUCUACAUUGAGUUCAGACCCAAAGAAGGUGGAAACUACAAAAAAGAUCAUUUCGUUUCAUAAAGAAGAAAAAAAUAUUGAUCCAAAUAAUGUCAGUCCUCAGUCAAUUCUUUUGGAUUUCAUUAGUAGCAGUCAGACUUUGCGUAUUUGGUCUUUCAACUCUUCAAUUAGGGAAUAUCUUAACAAUGAUCAGCUUCAGAAAGGAAAGCAAAUAGAUGAAUGGUGGAAGCAAGUAAUCAAAGUUUCAGGGGAUCGUAUGAUGGAUUUUACGAGUUUAGAUGAUCGAUCAAUGGGCAUGUUUUGGGUUCUCUCAUUUACUAUGGCUCAACCAGCUUGUGAAGCAGUUAUGAGCUGGUUUACAUCAGCUGGAGUAACAGAUAUUUCACAAGGACCUAAUGUACAGUCCAAUGAUAGGAUGAUGAUGAUGCGUGAAACUUUUCCUCUGUCAAUGACAUUACUUUCUGGUUUGUCAAUCAACUUAUGUCUAAAGCUUGCAUUUCAGCUUGAAGAAACCAUAUUUCUUGGCCAGGCCAUCCCUAGCAUUGCCAUGGUUGAAACAUAUGUCAGAUUGUUGCUUAUUGCACCUCACUCGUUAUUUCGCCCUCAUUUCACGACUUUGACACAACGAUCUCCAUCUAUUUUAAGCAAGAAUGGUGUGUCUUUAUUGCUCCUGGAGAUAUUAAACUACAGACUACUUCCUCUAUACAGGUAUCAUGGCAAGAGCAAGGCAUUGAUGUAUGAUGUUACAAAGAUAAUCUCUAUGAUAAAGGGAAAGCGUGGGGAACAUCGCCUUUUUAGACUGGCUGAAAAUUUAUGCAUGAAUCUGAUUCUCUCAAUACGAGAUUUUUUUCUGGUGAAGAAAGAAAUAAAGGGUCCAACUGAUUUCACUGAGACACUUAAUAGGAUUACAAUAAUUAGCUUAGCUAUCACCAUUAAGACACGUGGAGUUGCUGAGGUUGAACACACGCUUUACCUUCAGCCCUUGCUCGAACAGAUUAUGGCCACUAGUCAACAUACAUGGUCCCAGAAGACUUUACGGUAUUUCCCUCCAACUAUUCGAGAAUUUUUGAUGGGAAGGAUGGACAAAAGGGGACAUACUAUCCAAGCAUGGCAACAGGCAGAGUCUACAGUUAUCAAUCAAUGCACUCAGCUUCUCUCACCCUCUGCUGAUCCUACUUAUGUUACGACUUACCUUAGUCAUAGCUUUCCUCAGCAUCGUCAGUAUCUCUGUGCUGGGGCUUGGAUGCUUAUGAAUGGUCAGCCAGAGAGCAUCAAUAGUACCAAUCUCGGACGUGUCUUGAGAGAACUGUCACCUGAAGAAGUGACAUCUAAUAUAUACACAAUGGUGGAUGUGCUUCUUCAUCAUAUACAGAUCGAGUUGCAACAUGGACAUCCUGCACAGGAUCUUCUAUCGAAAGCAAUUGCAAAUUUUUCCUUUUUUAUUUGGACACACGAGCUACUUCCUUUGGACAUUCUACUUCUAGCUCUUAUUGACCGAGAUGAUGACCCUUAUGCUCUGCGCAUUGUGAUAAAUCUGCUUGACAAGCCUGAGCUUCAGCAAAGGAUUAGAGUGUUCUGCACCAAUCAUUCUUCUGAACAUUGGGCCCAUAAUCAACCUCCAAAAAGAGUUGAACUUCAAAAAGCUCUUGGAAACCAUCUUUCCUGGAAGGAUCGGUACCCCACUUUCUUUGAUGACAUUGCCGCACGCUUAAUCCCAGUUAUUCCGCUUAUAGUUUAUAGGCUCAUCGAGAAUGAUGGUACUGAUAUUGCUGACAGAGUUCUUAGUUCUUACACUCAACUUCUGGCUUUUCAUCCUUUGAGGUUUUCAUUUGUUAGAGACACUCUUGCAUAUUUUUAUGGUCACCUUCCAAACAAGCUUGUUUUGCGAAUACUAAAAGUACUUGAUCUUUCAAAGAUUUCAUUCUCAGAGUCUUUUCCUCAGUAUAUGGGUUCAUCGAACUCUGUUGGCUGUCCUCCUCAAGAAUAUUUUGCAAACCUUCUACUAGGUCUUGUGAACAAUGUCAUACCCUCUUUAAAUAGUAAAGCAAAGUCAGACUCCACAGGAGAUCCUUGUAGCAAUUUUGGGCGUCCAGCUGCAAAUAGAAGCCAGGCAACUUCAAUUAAUUGUUCUGAUGGUCAGAAAGCCUUCUAUCAGAACCAAGAUCCUGGGACAUACACACAACUUGUCCUGGAAACAGCAGCUAUUGAGAUUCUUUCUCUCCCAGCAUCAGCUUCUCAGGUAGUAGCUUCACUUGUUCAGAUUGUUGUCCACAUACAGCCAACACUUAUCCAGUCCGGCAAUGGACUUCAAAGUAUGUCCCAUGGGCAAAAUUCUGGUCUACCAACAUCACCUUCUGGUGGAAGUCCUGAAUCCAUGAACACAAGCCGUUCAACUACUUCAACAACUUGGGUCAAUGCCAACAAUUUCGUUUCCAAAAGUGGCUACUCAUGUCAACAGUUGUCUUGUCUAAUGAUACAAGCAUGUGGGCUUUUGCUUGCCCAGCUCCCACCAGAAUUUCAUAUGCAGUUGUAUUCUGAAGCAUCACGCAUCAUAAAAGAUUGUUGGUGGCUUGUUGAUAGUAAAAAGUCACUUAAAGAGCUGGACUCUGCUGUUGGCUAUGCUUUGUUGGAUUCUACAUGGGCUUCUCAGGACAAUACAUCAACAGCCAUAGGAAAUAUUGUGGCACUGCUGCAUUCAUUCUUUAGCAAUCUUCCACAUGAAUGGCUAGAAUCAACACAUACAAUAAUUAAGCAUCUUCGGCCAUUGAAUUCUGUUGCGAUGCUAAGAAUAGCAUUCCGCAUAAUGGGCCCUUUACUGCCUCGUCUUGCCUUUGCUCGUCCAUUGUUCAUGAAGACACUAGCUCUGUUAUUCAAUGUGAUGGCUGAUGUGUUUGGAAAGAAUUCACAGCCUGCAGUUCAUGCUGAAGCAUCAGAUAUAAGGGACCUUAUUGACUUUCUGCACCAUGCUGUCAUGUAUGAAGGACAAGGAGGACCUGUGCAGAACACCAGUAAACCCAGAGUGGAGAGCUUGACCUUGUGCGGCAAAGUCAUGGAACUUUUGAGACCUGAUGUUCAGCAUCUUCUUUCACACUUGAAGACUGAUCCGAACUCCUCCAUUUAUGCAGCAACCCAUCCAAAGCUAGUAGUACAAAAUCCAACGCAAACAAAUUUAUGAUCGGUGAGAUAAUCGAGUUUAAUCUUUUCAGAUUUUUAAGAUACAUAGAUUGUUUAACUACUAGCGAUGGAAAAUGCAUUGAUUAACUGGAAUUUUAGAACUGUAGAGCUCCUUGAAUGGUUCUUUUUUAUUGCUAGUUCUUCCCUGAUCACGGUAUCAUCCACCUCUAUCAGUAAGGUAUGUAAAGGGAUUUAUUUUUGUGCUAUUAACUCAGUGGUGACAAAAAGCUUAAAAUAGUCUAUGUCCUGUUAGAUCGAUACUGUACGGCGUAUAAAUGGGAUAUUGAUGUGUAUUGUUAAUAAAGAUGGAUGUCAGUGUAUUAA